GCACUUGAGCUCGAUUUAAAAAAAUUUUAGCCUUCUCUGACAUCUUUCUUUGUGCAAUUUCUGUCAGGUCUCUAAUGAAAAAUCCCGUUAUUUUGCUUUUGUAAUUCAUCUAACAAAGGCUUUUACUUGUUCUGACGGUUGACCGCGGUUAGUGGAACACGCGUUACAAACGCUGAUCCAUUCAGUGACAUUGUGUAAAGAUUUAUUUUGGUAUUUUAAUUUAUCGAUUUUAGACUUCCUCUCAAAAGAUAGUGUUUAUUUAUUAGUGAGUUCGAGUGAUUCCUGCCCAAGCAACAAUUUUUUGUGCCACAGUCCCAUUCAAGAGAGAGCCGUGUCUUGGGGGAGAAGCACCCCGGGCACUACGGUGGCCCCAGAUACACCGGCACCAGCACCCCAGCCUCCGGGGGUGCUGGAUAUGACGGCCACGGACAACAUCCGCUUCAGCGGCCACACGCUCGACAAGGCCACCAAGGCCAAGGUCACCUUAGAAAAUUUCUACACUAAUCUCAUAACUCAACACUAUGAGAGGAAACAGAGGCUGGAAAAGCUGGAGGAAUCACUCAAAGACGAAAACUUGACAGAGAGCCAAAAACAAGAGAAAAGACAGCAACAUGCUCAAAAAGAAACCGAGUUUUUGAGGCUCAAAAGAUCGAGGCUCGGCGUAGAGGAUUUUGAACCGCUCAAAGUGAUCGGGCGAGGCGCGUUUGGCGAGGUCCGCCUUGUUCAAAAGAAAGAUACCGGACAUGUUUACGCUAUGAAAAUACUCAGGAAAGCUGAUAUGCUUGAAAAAGAACAAGUGGCACACGUACGGGCUGAGCGUGACAUCCUAGUAGAAGCGGACCACCAGUGGGUGGUGAAGAUGUACUAUAGUUUUCAAGACCCCAUGAACUUAUACCUCAUCAUGGAGUUCCUGCCCGGCGGAGACAUGAUGACCCUACUCAUGAAAAAAGACACCCUUAGCGAAGAAUGUGCCCAGUUUUAUGUCGCUGAAACGGCUCUGGCGAUCGACAGUAUACAUAAGCUUGGAUUCAUACAUAGAGACAUAAAGCCGGACAACCUACUGCUGGACGCGCGCGGGCAUAUCAAGCUCAGCGACUUCGGGCUGUGCACGGGCCUCAAGAAGAGCCACCGCACCGACUUCUACCGCGACCUCUCGCGCGCCACGCCCUCAGACUUCAACUUUUUUUCAGUUUCAACAUCGUCGUCAGCGAUGGACUCGAAGCGGCGCGCGGAGUCCUGGAAGCGCAACCGGCGGGCGCUGGCCUACUCCACGGUGGGCACGCCCGACUACAUCGCGCCCGAGGUCUUCCUGCAGACCGGCUACGGCCCGCAGGCCGACUGGUGGAGCCUCGGCGUCAUCAUGUACGAGAUGCUGAUCGGGUACCCGCCGUUCUGCUCGGAGUCGCCGCAGGACACGUACCGCAAGGUGAUGUCGUGGCGCGAGUCGCUCACCUUCCCGCCCGAGAUACCCAUCAGCGAGGAGGCUAGGGAGACCAUACUGCGCUUCUGCUCCGAACCUGACCGCAGGCUGGGUUCCGGGCGCGGCAUCGAGGACGUGAAGUCGGUGCCGUUCUUCCGCGGCGUGGACUGGAGCCACGUGCGCGAGCGCCCCGCCGCCAUCUCCGUCGAGGUGCGCUCCAUCGACGACACCUCCAACUUCGACGACUUCCCCGACGUCAAGCUCGAGAUACCGGCAGCGCCAAUCACGCAAGACGGUGAGGUGGCGUACAAAGACUGGGUAUUCAUCAACUACACGUUCAAGCGGUUCGAGGGGCUCACCCAGCGCGGCACGCCCACCAAGAAGUGAGCCCACACCCUCGCACGGAGGGCCCUCCUCGCCACUCGUAACACUGACGUCUUAAUAGCCCUCGCUGUCCUGGAUAUGCCCAUAACUAGAGUGCUCUCUUUUUUAGUCUGUAACUCUUCUUAUUUUCACACACAUAUCGACUAUUUAUUUACAUACAACGACCUGUUAGCUAUCGAUUCACAAGAGCAAAUAAAAUGAAGUUGACACAUUUUCACAUCUCUUUACAAUAUGGAUAUGUUGCUGUUCCGAACCGAAAUAUGUAUUGUAACUGAACCCUAGAGGAGAAAGCGUUUCCAUUGUAUAUCUUUGAUGUCCGAUGGCAAUAUAUAGUUAUUAUGAAAGUCGUAGAACUGAAGUUGCAAUAAAAAACUUCUAUUAUCCGGCAAAUGGGUCUAGUGACUCUAAUGUAAAGUGCAUAGAUAUUCGCCACAUUUCUUCUGGCGUCAUUUAUUGUACGAUUCCAGGGUCUUUCCCAUCCGGUGUUUCCUAACUGUUUAAUUUGUACAUUAUCUUUUUGACCGAGUAUUAGCGACGAUCUAUGUUUCAGCUUCGUAAAAAUGCUUUCGUAUGUCAGGAUUAUUUAAUAGGUAUUUUGCCAAUGCUGUUUGUUUUUCAUUGAUCAAAAGAGUAGGUACCGAAAGUAGAACAGUAUAAUAUUUAUUUCGUUUUACCUUUUCACCGCCAUUGACACUAUAAAUAAAUAUGAAUACAAAACGUUGCGUGUCUCUCACGCUACUUCUUGAUACAUACACAGGUUAUUUACCUGCAAUUUUCGACAUGGCGUUGAUGACAUCUAUUAACGUGGUGGUUAAAGGGUUAAAGCUAUCCUCACGAAGACACUACACUACACUUACAGAGCCACUGGCUUGUUCACAACCGUGUGGCUAGGUCUCGUUGUUGCUCGACAGGCAGUUAAGGAGGAAUAUCUCAGCAAUAUAGUAUUCGGUCACUUCAGGGCACAUGCAAAAUUUUGUAAAAUUUGUCCAGUAUUUAAACCAUGAAACUCAGAUAUGCAGAUUUACUU